UGAGUCGCACAACGAUGACGUAGACCUACCUGUAAGCCGGCUCAGUUGCCGAAGUGUUACUGCGGUUUCCUGGUACAGAAACCAUUCAGGAUUAACUACUAUCCAGUAACUACUACGAUGUCCCAUCAGACUGGCAUUCAAGCUGAUGAUGGAGUUUUACACAUCUUCUCAAAGGCCAGAAGUGGAAAAUACAGAAUUUUGAAGAUUAUUAUAGAAAACGAGAAACUAACAGUUGGUUGCUGCAAAGAAUCUACAAAGUCAUGGGAGCAGGAAUAUGAUUCUUUUGUUCUUCCAUUGUUAGAGGACAGUCAGCCAUCCUAUCUCCUGUACAGAUUAGACACUCAAAAUGCUCAGGGCUAUGAAUGGAUAUUUAUUGCCUGGUCACCAGACAACUCCCCAGUGCGGCAGAAAAUGCUUUAUGCAGCAACAAGAGCAACAGUCAAGAAAGAAUUUGGAGGUGGACAUGUUAAAGAUGAGAUAUUUGGAACUACCAAAGACGAUGUAUCUCUGCAUGGAUACAAAAAAUAUCUUGUAUCUCAAUCAGCUCCUGUUCCUCUUACUGCAGCUGAAGAAGAAUUAAGACAAAUUAAACUUAAUGAGGUGAAAACUGAAGUUGGUGUUGACAGUAAACAUCAAACUCUGCAAGGAGUUGCAUUUCCUGUUCACAAAGACGCACUUGAAGCACUUAAACAAUUUAGAGACAAGAAACUGAACUAUGUUCAGCUUGAAAUAGACUUCCAAAAUGAAAACAUAGUUUUGUCAAGCACAUCUCCAACUGACAUUAAGGAUUUGCCUGGAAGAAUUCCCAAAGAAGCAGCUCGUUAUCAUUUUUUUCUAUACAAGCAUUCUCAUGAGGGAGAUUACCUGGAAUCUACAGUAUUCAUCUAUUCAAUGCCUGGAUAUAACUGUAGUAUACGAGAAAGAAUGCUUUACUCAAGUUGCAAGAAUCCACUAAUUGACAUGGUAGAAAACAAACUGAAAAUUGAAGUCGCUAAAAAGAUUGAAAUUGACAAUGGAAAUGAGCUAACUGCUGAAUUUCUUUAUGAAGAAGUCCAUCCAAAACAGCACGCACAUAAACAAACAUUUGCAAAGCCAAAAGGCCCAGCAGGCAAACGGGGUAUUAAACGGCUUGUCAAAGGACCUGCAGGUGAUGACAACGAAAAUGAUUAAUGUUUCAUCUCUUUGUUUGAUGUUGCAAACAUUCCAUAAUGUUUAUAGACAAAAUUAUUUCCAGUGAGAAAAACAAUGUAUGAAUUACUCUUCUAAAUUUAAUUUGUGAUUUGUUUUAUGCACUUUUAGGUAUACAAAAAAAUAAAACACUAUGGUAAUAAUGUAGGAAUGCUUUAUGCAGUUUCAGUUAUCUGUUAUAUUUAGAAAUGGAUUUUAAAAAAUCCAACAGAAUUCUUGAUUUUAUAGUUUCAUAAUUUCAAAAAUAUAUUUAAAUUAUCAAGUAAAACUGAUUUAUUAUUAUGUGCUGCUGAAAAAAAUGAUUACUUUUAGAAUGAUUUUUAAAGUAAGGUAGACAAAAAGUGAUUCUGAAUAAUGCUCAGAAAAAAUUUAAGUAAAAAUAUUUUUACAAAGUGGUAAAAACUAUGUGCUAUCUGUAUAAGCUAUAAAGGGUAGCACUGUAAUAACAAAGAUACUAACUGUACCCUAUCCUGAAAUUUUGAGAAGAACAAAUUGCAUUCUUUAUCAAAACCUGUGAAUCUUUAAUAAAUGAAACUCAUUUGGGUAAAUAUACUUGUUGACCAUUACAUGGUACAGGAUUACGCACUCUUUCAAGUUGUAAAUAUAUUUUUGCAUAUUUGUAUUUGGAGUUUACCAAAUAAAUGUCCAACAAAUAAAAUGCAAGUUUAAAGUUA